GUUUCUGCGUACUACGUCACCGACUGUCCAGCUACGAGCGUUUGCAUCCUGGCGAACCUUCAGACUGGCUAAUUAGCAUCACUUCGCUGUUAGCAUACUAUACUUGACAGAUCUGGUCAUGGAGGAGCACAGUCUGACCUGCACCAUCUGCUUGGAUCGUUUUAAAUACCCAGUGACCAUCCCUUGCGGCCACACAUUCUGCAAGGGCUGCAUCUCUAAACACUGGGAUCGACUGGAACAAGGUGGACUUCAGGAUGCAUCAUUCAACUGCCCAGUUUGCCAAAAGACGUUCUUCCCCAGACCCGCUCUGAAUCGGAACGUGUCGCUGUACGUUUUGAGCGAAGUGGCCACCAAUAGUACAGCAGAGAGAGCUGCAGGUGCGGCAUGCAGAAUAGACCGGGUCGAAGCUGGCUCUGAGGAGCUCUGUCCCCGGCAUCAAAAACCUCUUAUCUUCUACUGCAAGAACGAUUUUAUGGGUGUGUGCUGUGUGUGCUCUGUGAAAGAGUGCAAAGACCAUGACAAGGUGUUAGUGGAAGAGGAAAGGAGUAAUUGUGAAGAGAGACUGAAGAAGAAGAACAUGGAGAUCACAAAGUCCAUGGAGGAUACAGAGAAGAACAUCGUGCUGCUUUCAGAAAAUAUCGCUGAAGCGAAGGUGUCCCUGCAGCAGACGUCUCAGUGGGUGAGCGCCAAGUACUCCCAGCUGCUGAAGGUGCUGGUGGAGAAACAGGAAGCGACACAAAGUUUCCUGGAGCAGCAGCAGGCCAGCACCCUGUCUCAGGCAGAGACUCGACUCAGCCACCUGCAGGAGAAACUAAAGCAGCUCAGAGAACUACAGGAGCAGAUCAGCAGCCUCUGCAGCAUCCCCAACUGCCAGCUCAUCCAGGAAUCCAGACUGGUGGAGGUCCCUCAGAUGGGUUCAGUUCCUGUAGAUGUCAGCGUAAAUCUUCAGGAGAAACUGAAUCCGGUCACAGACAUUCUGUCUCGCAUGUCAAAGUUGUGUGACGAUCUGGAUAAAGCCGUGUAUGCAACCGUGAGCCACAACAAAGAAGGUUCGCCACAAGACAAGAGACCAAUGCUCGCUGUUGUGCCAAGUCCAGCCACUCCACCUUAUCCAGCAGGAAAGCAAGGCCUUAUGCAAUACCGUUGUUCCUUGACUUUUGACCCUCGCACGGCCAACGCUCACCUCGUGCUUUCUCAGAACAACCAGCGGGCCGAGCACCUGACCUCAGGGCCUCAUCCAGUGGCAGCUAACGACGCACGCUUUGACCACACCUGGCAGGUGCUGUGCUCCGAGAAUUUCACGCAGGGUCGUCACUACUGGGAGCUGGAGGUGUCCAAACCGUGGGCGUACAUCGGCGUGACGUACCCAGGCAUUCCACGGAAGGAAAAAGGCAGGACGUCCAUGCUGGGAAUGAACGAGCUGUCGUGGAGCCUGCAGCUGAACGAGCGCCAGGUAACCGCUUGGCACGGCAGCCACGGCGAUCCGAUAUCAAGUGAGCUGCAGUUAAACAAACGGCCUCUGCGCAUCGGCAUUCUGCUGGACUACGAGGAAGGCACUCUGGCCUAUUAUGGGGAGAACCAGGUGAGGCUGCACGCCUUCCACUGCGCUUUUUCCCACGAGCUCUAUCCUGCCUGCUGGAUCGGGGAAGGGGUCAGCGUCGCACUCUGCCCAAUGUGAAAUAACCUUUUUUUCAUGACGGAGCUCAAUGGACGUUUUCAAACUAAUUCACCUCUCCAGCAAAUGAACAAGCACACCAUAGGGUCAUUUAAAACCUGUAUUAGAAGACAAACUAAAGCACUGUGCGAAAAACCACACAGAACCGAACUCGUAAAAAUCCAGACGCUCCAGCACAAGUUAUACUUUUUUAUUUCAUUAUGUGAACAUCCCUAUAAUCCAAACCCUUGAUUACUUUAAAAGACAUGAAUUUAGAACAAGCCAGCUGAGGCACUGUGCUCGUUUAUUAAAAAGACUCCAGCACAAAAAAAAUUGCACUUUUUAUUAAAUAAGGUAAACAUCCUUAUUCACUAAUAUAAUUUAUUUCUUAAGCAUUGUGUUGCAUUUCAUGCAGUUUGUGGCUACUGAUAAUGUUAAGUAAUACAAGUCAGCCAUAGCGUCAGAAUAUGGCUUUUUUUUUUUUUUUUUUUUUGAUCCAACGAACAUCACUCGAAAAGUGGUAGGUGAAGUUAAAAUCAGUCUCUUCAAGCUCCGAUAGCUGAAUUGAAUCAUGAGUGACAGUGUCCGCAUAAAGAAUUACAGAUUUACUGGAAUAAACAAAUUCCUGAAUCACAAAAUAGAAUAUUUUUAUGUAUUUACUUGUUUACAUUAUCUGGAAUUUUAGUCUCUACUCGCAAUUAAACGUUUAGGAAAUAUCUGUUACUUUUCCACUACAUGCAGGUGUUUGUAUCGGUUUAAAAUUCACCUACAGCUUUCUCACAUUGUAUCUGUCUCUUUUUUUUCUUCUUCUUCAUCUUUCAGGUACAUGAAUGUGGUAAUGCAGUACAAUGUCACUGAAUUAGUUAGAUUAGUGGUGCUUUGCCUUGUUCCAGUGCAGAUGCAAUUGAGAUUGUAAUAAAUGAUAACAAUCCCUCUUAAAUAUUUCGGAUACAAUCAGUAAGAAAAAGAAACGCUCCCUGUUCUUCAUCUAGUUGAAGUUUUAUUUUAAAGACUGAGCAUUCCAAUAGUCAUUUAACUAUUUUGAGCCACUUUAAAUAGUAAGAACCCUAAAACGCCUUUUUCCAGUCCCCCCUUUAUUUUAAUCUUUAAAUACUUCUCUCUUUUUUUUUUAUUGUAUUACUGUAUUUUUUUUAUUUUUUUAUUUUAACCUCAUAGGGUACAGUGAGGGUUUGCCAAUUUUUGUUUCGUUACAUUUUUAAUGUUUUGUAUUUUGAAAUUAUUUCAAAAUGCUUUAAUGAUGUCUUUUUCUACACCCCCAGUAAACAGGUUAGACAUGCUAGUGGGUUGCGAGUCUUCUGCUCGUCACAUCGUUGCCUGGAUUGGGUUAUUUGCUUGUGCAGUACAUAUAAAAAGCAGCCAAGCAUACUUCCAUUACUGUCCUUCUGUGAAGGGAAUCUUUGUUGUUUAACGUGUCAAAUGUGAAGCACAUUGAUUAUAUACACUAUGUUAAAACAACCCUUGCCUUUUUUUUUUUUUUUCUCGUGACUGUUACCAUGUGGAUGGGCUUUUGAACUACAAACAGACUGUGCUGAUUGUAUAUAUGGAUAAGAUGGAGAAUCUUUGGGCUCGACUGUAUUCGCAGCAAACGCACAUCCAGAAAGUGAUACGUGAGAAGUUUCAUGCUGUAAAACCCAUCUAAUCCAGUGACACUCAUACUAAUGUAAACCUGGGACAAGAACAUACUGACAACCAGAUCAACUGCUGACCCCAUAUCUCCAGCAAGAAGAUCUAUCAAUUCAAAGGGGGCUUUAAAUGGACAAAGUGCCGUAGAGGAAAUAUGUAUUGCACCCUAAAAAAUGGUUUGCUGUUACAAAAAAAGACAACCUUGUAAACCAGGUCUUUAAACUGGUACAUGUUUUAAUUAAAUAAAAUACAUCUGUUAUGUCAGACUUCA